GAACGAUGACACUGGAAACAGUCUGCGGGUUCUCCAUGGCGAGCAGAGGAAGCUUCACCGGCUCCGAGUUCUCCGAGGAGGACAGCAGCGACGGCAGCAGCCUGACCGGGUGUUACCCCAACGCCACCCUCGGCGAGCUGGACGAGAGACAGAGCAAGAAACGCAGCAGGCCGGUGCGCUCCAAAGCACGCAGAGUGGCGGCCAACGUGAGAGAGAGGAAACGCAUCAUGGAUUACAACCAGGCCUUCAACGCGCUCCGAGUGGCUUUGCAUCAUGACCUGGGCGGGAAACGUCUGUCGAAGAUCGCCACGCUCCAGAGAGCCAUCAAUCGAAUCUCUGCUUUGUCUGUGUUUCUCACCAACAACCCACCGGCGAGUUCAGGGAAGCCCUGCGGACACCUCGACUGUCACGGCGCGGAGCCGUCGCCAUCGCAAAGCUUCCUAUCCUGGCAUCAGCCGCUCACCCACCACAUCCAAAACCCAUUGCACAGACUGUCCUCCGAGCAGCACGUGAUUACGGGCCCUGCUUGUCCGCCGUCCCCUCACUACCCGUGUUUCUCCGCUGACGCCCAGCUGUACCCACCUUGCAGCGUGGCGAACCCACCCAGGUACGGACGGAGAGGGGAUGUCGGGGCGUAUCAGCCAGGGGUUUGGGGCUCUUGUGGCCCGAAUCAUAUGGACAAUUACGGGGACACGCUCCUGCCCUGGCACAUGGGUUACCUACAGGACGCUGGGCCUCAACACGGCUACAACACACUGUGAUACACACUCACGAGAACGGUCAACGGCAUCACCUGGAAACAGGUGCAUUUCUGUGCUCACUGUACAUAUAAAUGUUAAUUGCAU